AUGUGGACGCUAGUAAAGACUAAGGUUUUGCCAUGGCUGGCGCUGUGGAUGUUCUUUCUCUUGUGGAGUACAGAGGCGCAGACUCGAUACACCAUUCCUGAGGAAUUGAAAGCGGGCUCUGUUGUUGGGAAUAUAGCUAAAGACUUGGGCUUGGAAAUCUUAAAGAUCUCUGAUCGUAAAUUGAGGAUAGCCUCGGAGGGUGGUAAGCAGUAUUUCAGUGUGGAUUUGGGAAAGGGCGAACUCAUUGUUAAUGAGAGAAUAGACAGAGAGAGCCUAUGCGGACUAAAGGCUAGUUGUUUGUUACCCCUGGAGCUUAUCAUUGAGGAUCCACUGCAAUUUUAUCGGAUCGAGGUGGAAAUACAGGAUUUAAAUGACAAUUCUCCACGUUUCAUGUCAGACGAGAACACUAUAAAAGUAUCCGAAUCAACUCUCCCUGGCGUUCGGUUUCGUUUAGAAACGGCAGAGGACCUUGACGUUGGAGUCAAUGCUUUACGCUCAUAUGCUCUGAAUAAAAAUUACUUAUUUGCUUUGAAAGUUAAAAACAAUAAAGACGGCACAAAAGUUCCUGAGCUAAUUCUGGAAAAGGCUGUAGACCGGGAACAGCAACCCGUGUACAAUCUAAUUCUUACCGCGUUUGAUGGAGGUACUCCAGCAAGAUCUGGAACCACGCAAAUUGCAGUGCUGGUGCUAGACAUAAAUGACAAUGCGCCCAUUUUUGAGCAAGACUUAUACGAAAUCCAAAUGAGCGAAACUACAGCUCCCGGGACAUUAGUAUUGACGGUUAGAGCCAACGACUUGGAUGAAGGCACAAACAGUAAAAUAGAGUAUUCAUUCGAAUCACAUACAGCAGACUCUAUUCAAACGCUAUUUGUUAUAAAUCAAGACACUGGAGAAAUUACUUUAUCACAGUCAUUAGAUUACGAGAUAAGUCCUUCGUUUAAAUUUGAUGUAUGCGCUGCAGACAAAGGUACGCCAUCUAUGGAGAGCCACAGCAGUGUUCAAGUGACUGUAGUAGAUGUUAAUGAUAACCAACCGGAGAUCACCAUCACCUCCAUACCCAAACCCGUUAGAGAGGAUGCCCCAGUAGGAACUAUGGUAGCUCUGAUUAGUGCCAAGGAUUUAGACUCUGGUGACAAUGGUAAGGUCUCCCUUCGUAUGUCUUUUGAUUACCCUUUCAAAUUAAACCCCUCAUUUUCUAACCAUUACACACUAGUAACAGAUUCAACAUUAGACCGAGAAAAAUGCCCUGAAUACCAUAUUGAGCUUGAAGCAUCGGAUUCAGGGUCCCCACCUCUCACCUCAAAUAAAAUAAUAACACUGAAUAUUUUAGACGUUAAUGACAACCCUCCAAUUUUCUCCCAAACAUCUUACACUGUUUAUGUCAGAGAGAACAAUGCUGCUGGAUCAAUAAUGUGUUCAGUGUCCGCUACAGAUCCAGAUAUAAGAGAAAAUGCUAAGAUCUCCUAUUCUAUAUUAGACUCUAAAGUACAAGACGUGUCAGUCUCCUCCUAUAUUUACAUAAACUCAGAUAACGGCAGCAUCUACAGCAUGCACUCGUUUGACUAUGAGAAACUGAAGGCGUUUCAGAUUCAGGUGCAGGCAAAGGAUCACGGCUCUCCGUCUCUGAGCAGCAAUGCCACGGUUCAUGUUUUUAUUCUGGACCAGAACGACAAUGCCCCGGCUGUUAUUUACCCCUCCGCUGUAAUGGGCUCUGUUUCCCAUCAGAAGAUUCCCCGGUCCGCUAAAGCAGGCCACCUCACCACUAAGAUAUCGGCAGUGGACGCAGACUCGGGCCACAACGCCUUGAUUUCCUAUAGGCUGACGGAGGCCACAGACUUGUCUCUGUUCAGUGUGAAUCUUUACACGGGAGAGGUGAGGACAAAACGCGCUCUUUCAGAGCAUGAUGACUCCUCUCAGAGGCUGCUUAUAGAGAUAAAGGACAAUGGGGAGCCGGUCCAGUCCACCACAGUCACAGUCAAUAUACUGUUUGAGGACAGGAUACAUGAACCCAUCUCGGAAUACCGCCAGAAAACAGCAGAGCCAUGCAGGAGAAACAGUAAAAUCACCUUUUAUUUGAUCAUCUCUCUGGCCUCAGUGUCCGUCUUGUCUUUGUUAACUUUUCUCAUCUUAGUGGUGAAGUGCGUUAGAAACAGUAGGAGCAGCUCGAGUUGCUGUAUCAGACGAGCUGACUCUGACGGAUACAAGAAUCCCAACAGAAACCUGCAGAUCCAGCUCAACACUGAUGGCCCUAUUAAGUAUGUGGAGGUCCUGGGAGGGGACCUGUUGUCUCAGAGCCAGUCGUUCAGGUCGUGUCUCUCUCCAAUGUCAGAGUUCAGUGAUUUCACCCUCGUUAAACCCAGCAGCACUACUGACUUUAAGGAAAUGAUAAACGUGCUUGAUGCAUCUUUACCUGACAGUGCGUGGACAUUCGAGAGUCAACAGGUGAGAAUAAAAAAGUAA